AUGCAUUUGAUUAAUUUUAUCUGUUUUACAUCGUUGCUGUUUAAAUUAUUAGCAGGCAGCCAUGUCCCGACUACAUUUCUCAUUUCGAACAACCUGGGACAGCUCAGUCUGGAAUCACCCAUGCAGAGUCAAAUAUUGGCUGACGGCUUGACUACCUUAGGUGCAUUUGACUAUAGUUUUAACGAAAAAUUGGUGUUUUACGUCGGGGACCAUCACUUGCAGCAUACUGAUUUUAUAUCUGUUAUCAAAGCGAUCAACUUAACGAGUUUCCAAAUCCAUAAUAUCUAUGGACUGGAGCAUGGUGCUAUUAACGCAUUGGCAAUAGAUUGGCACAACAUGAUGGUCUACUGGGCUGAUUUCAAAGAGGAAUAUAUUGCAGUCGGCGAGAUCAAUCUUGGGUUGAUGUCAAUCACAAAACAGAAGAUACUAAUAUCCGAGAAUUUGAGCAACUUAAGGUCGAUAUGUGUGGACCCGAUCACUAGGUCCAUCUACUGGCUCAAGUCGGGUGAGUCCACCCAGAUAGAGAGUGCCGGUCUUGAUGGCAGCCAAAGAGUUAUGAUAUUUGAAGAAUCUGGAGUCAAAGGACGGGACUUAAAAAUCGACUUCUCAACGCAGCGACUUCUUUGGCUCGAUGAAACUCACAAUCGAAUCGUUUGUAUCAAUAUCGAGGGCAGCGACAUGAAUUACGUUGCCAUUUCAGAUCUGGGUAAAGAUCGACCAAAAUUCUUGGCUGCAUCUGGUGGAAGAAUAUACUUCUUCAGUGAUAUGUCUAUUACCAGUGUAUCUGAAAAAGAUACAAUUUUCUUGACGGCACAUGUUCACAUGCCCUUUAGCUAUCAGCCCUAUGCUGUCAAAGUCUUUGGUGGAAGUGAACAAACAAAUAGCAAUGUCACCUGUGUUCCUGAAAAGUUCAGGCGAUUCACUAACAUGGGCGAAACUGGAUGCAACUUUUUGUGUUUAAGUUCACCUUCCAAGCAUCUUUACACAUGCGCCUGCCCAACUGGCGUAUCCUCAGCCAGAGUUGUUACUUCACUGAGUCUGAACAAGGGGGAAUCCCAAAUCAAUCUUCCUCGCUCUUACAUCUGCCCUAAGAAUCCAGGAAAAUUCCUCUUAGUCGCUCGUCCGCCAAAAAUUUUUAUGCUUUCCUUGGACAGUCAGCUUGCAGACAGCCCCCUAUGGCCGAUAGGGGUGUCUCCAAAUCCUCGCGGAACUCUGGUUCGUGUGGAUUUUGACCCCAAAUCUGAGUGCAUUUAUUGGGUUGAUAACGCUAUUUACCGUCUGAGACUCGGGGAACGAAAUCCUACAGCGGUAAUUGAGCCCACUAAUGGGGCCCUCCAAACUCUAGAUGGACUUGCGGUGGAUUGGAUAGUAGGUAACCUCUACUGGUCCACGGGUGGUAACAAGCAAAUUUGGGUUUCCCGUCUUGAUGGAGCCUGGCCUCGGCUGCUUCUCACCCUCGAGGAUUUCGAUGGCAAUGGUGUUAGUGAUUCAACCGAGUCAGACGUUUUCUCUGAUCCAUACGGGGAGGAGGCUGCCAAACGAAGACCAACAGCCUUAGUCAUCGAUCCAGUUAACCGAUACUUAUUUUUUAAUGUCUGGUCAGGAACUCGAGGCAGAAUUGAACGCACCUGGCUUGAUGGCACGCAUAGGGAAGUUAUUGUUGACCACAAUCACACGGUUUGGCCUAACGGGAUUGCAUUAGAUCUUGAGGCCCGUCAUCUCUACUAUGUGGAUGCCUAUUUGGGCAUUAUAAGCCGGGUGGAUUACAGCGGGGAUAAUCCCAAGCAAAUAGUUUCUGGUCAUCUGCAGCAUCCCUUUGGGUUUGACCUCUUGGAUGAAAAUCUUUACUGGAGUGACUGGCAAACGCUGUCAAUUUCUCAAAUAAACAAACACACUGGAGAGGAUUUGCGUGUUCUCAAAACGAUCGGUGUCGAUGAAGCACUUAUGGGUAUUCGAGCUGUUGAUCUAACAGCCAAAAGCACGCACAAAGGGAAUGUUUGCGAUGACGUAUCAAAGAGCGGUUGCACGCACCUCUGCUUGGUGCUCCCCGCACAACCUAGCGGCAGGGAUAACGAAGGUGGCGGUCGUUCCAAUAGAGGUAAGGAGGUGGAGGACCUCUACUACUGCGCAUGCCCACCCGAAUACGCCCUCGAUUCCGAUGGAAAGACGUGCAUUGUGCCCGAUUCUAUGUUGCUCUACUCCCUUGACGGAACUGGCAUUCGACGCAUGAGUCUGCCCAAGUCCCGUCUUCGAUCGCGCCAGGCUCACUCUCGCACUCCACUCAAGCAUCAGCCUCCAGGUGACCGCCAUCUAUCUGCUGCGACAGCUUCAAGAGGCACCAGUCUGAUCUACCACGAUGUUGAAUUAGCCGCUGCAGAGGCGGCUGCGAUGGCGUCCAAUCAGAUCUUCAACCAGGUUCCUUUACCCUUCUUGCAUCGCGUCAUUCGCUUCGAUGUGCACAUCUCUGAAGAGCGUAUCUACUGGGUAGAAGACUCCGCUCCUCAGUGUAUAUCGGUGGCUUUUCUGAAUGGGACUGGCAAGGAGACCCUACUCUGUCUCUUUCAUGACAUUAGACUCGAAGACACCAACCAAGCUGGUGGAAGUGGUGACAGAGACCCUGGUUCUUCAGUGCCGCCAUCUGGGAGUCAGCAUCAAGCUCGCGAUUCCAUCGUUGGUUUGGCUCUGGACUGGCUCACCAAUGCACUAUACUUUUGCGUUGAUGGCGAACGUCCUAGGCUGGAGGUUAUUGACCUCAAGUAUCGCAGCUACAUACAACCUUCUUCACUGCCCUUCUAUUCAUCAUCACCGCCUCGCUCACGUCCUCGCAAAGCUGCACGUAGGGAAAAUUGGCAUUCCAAACGGAUUCGGCGCAAUGUUGUUCCUCCAUGGUUCCUCCAUCCACCAAAAGGUGCGGACCCAUCUUCAGAUGACUACGAUCUAUAUUCAUAUGAUUUCAAUCCGCUUACAGAUCAUCUGGCAAAUAAUGUCGACAACUACCGUCUUGUACUUCUGCAUAACCUGUCGUCUCCACGAGAUAUUGUGGUGCAUCCAAAAAAACGGUAUUUAUUCUGGUUAGACGGAACGCACAAUGCUCGAUUCAGUAUAUUUUCCGCUGGACUUGACGGCCGAAAUCAUCGUGUAAUUUGGAAUGGGGUUGGAAUGGUAAUGAGCCUGGCAAUCGAUUAUACCACCGAUCGACUGUACUGGAUGAAUUGGGUGACCAAAUGCAUCGAGUCCAUAUCGCUUAAUGGGGAAGACUGGUUUUCUGUUAACCCAAUUCUUCCAUCAUACCAUGGGUCGUGGCCGAGCUCAGAUGAUAUUUACGCCGACAGCGUGCCGCCUCCUUCCACCACAUCUACUGAUUUUCAUCCCUACGCUAUUGACGUUUUCCAGGGAGCGGUUCUCUUUUCUGAGCUGACUACACAAAGCGUUUAUCGAGUUCAACUCCCGAAUUCGCGAUCCGGGUUCUCAACUGGGAGCCAGCUGAAUUUACCCGCCGAUCUUCUGCUUCGUGGUCCCUCGUCGCCAUCAGGCAGACAAAAUUUUCUUGUUUUGGGUUUGUUUGUAGCGGGUUUCGAUCGACAGGCUGCAGAGCCGGGCCAUCGAUGUGCCUCACCCUCCUCCACGGCGGCAUUCCAUCCACAGGCGCUGGCCUGGAGCUAUUCUUACAGUCUACAAAGUCUUUCUAAUCAACCCCAUCACCAGCAGACUGGACCCAUAUGCCAAGCUCUGUGUUUGGGAGCUCUUCCGCCGCAUUCUGUGCCCGGAAGCCGUGGUGGCAGCAGCAGCAGUGCUAGUGCGCAGCCUUCUGUAUUCAGAGGUCGUGGUGUCGUCGGUGGCUAUCCAUCCUCUAUUCUCGAUGACCGGUCGCCCCGAUUCACUUGUGCUUGUCCCACGCAAUUCACUCUGGCUUCCGAUGGCUACAGCUGCCUUGAACCCUAUCGGAGUCUUUUGAUGAUUACAAUUGAUGGAUCAAUCAUGCGUUACACACCCGAUGACCAGCCGGCAACGAACCUUCUUUCCCUGUCACCACUCACCCUUCCCACGCAUGACCAUCUCUCUGCUGAUGGCUUUAACCCACCACCCACCUGGCAUGCCGUUGAUCCAGUACCUCCGUACGCGGAGUCGACCUUCAACGAGGGUGAUCCGGAUGCUCUAUCCGACCCUCUGGUUUUUGCGGGACGUUGGUCGAACCGCCAACGAGUCGCUGCUGCUGCACUUGAGGAGCUGACCAAUGCGGGUCUCUUCUUCCUUUUGCAACCCAUCGGGAAGCGUGAUCACAUUUCUUCACCUGCCUCUUUCUUCCGCGGCAGGGCCUUUCGUCAGGGCUUUGAGUCUGGCAGCAAUAGCAGAAACAGCGAUAGUAGCAGAGAUCAGCACUACGAUUUCUUUACUGGCAGUACCCGCUCGGGAACUGCUUUCAUGCGUCUUGGAUUUCUUGAAUUCUCGACAGGCGAAGUUACUCUUUGGGAAGGUGGCCCUUUGGUCCCAAUGACCGACAAAGCAUGGCAUUCUUACAUUGGAAGCGAGGACCACAACUUAAACACUCAACAGUCUCACCUGGCGUUGUUUAAUCGACCGCGUUGGAGCCUCGCGUUUGAUCCAGUUAAUCAAAUUGUUUUCUGGAGUGAUUUCCUCACAGGUCUCAUAGGAGCGGAGGACAGCAGGUCAGGACGCACCAUUGGUUUAGUUGCGAAUCUCACUGAGAACUCGCGCACCAUCCUCGAAAUCGUUGUUGAGCCACGAUCUGGUCAACUUUUUCAGCUGACGUCCAAACGGUUGGAGGCUGACAGCCAACCCACUGACUGUCGCAUCGAAGUGACGUACCUGGACGGGAGCGAUCGACGACUAUUGUACGAUACCACGAAGUACUCUAUCUGCCCACAUUCUCUCACAUACUCCGCCAAGUUAGCCCAACUCUUUUGGGUUGAUCCUGGGAAACGACGCAUUUUCGCCUUAAAUGUUGCCACUGGUGUCGGAAGUGGAAUAGUGAAACCUGAAAUAGUAGUUGUUGAUACUUUACCCAUCCCGAAAUCCCUCGUAAUUUUACCCGAAAACACUCUUGGAUCGCCGUCUUCAGGAAACUCUCUAUGGUUGACGUGGCUGGAGCCAAUCCAUCACAGUGUUGCCUCCGGCAAUCAAAACCAUCCCAUAAACCUUCUUUAUGUACCCCUUGAUGCAUCGUACACGAAUGGUGCAUCGGUUGUCUCACAAAAACCUCUUACUCCGCCGCCAGGGCUCAACUCAUAUGUAUGGAAUAGCGGUGAUCAACUCUUCUUGAUUCCUGUGCGUGGCGGUGGUCUAGGCGAUCUUUCAUGGCAUCCAUGUGCUGGUCCCUCUCAUGGAGAAUGCUCACAGUUCUGCCUACCAAAGGCCACUGCGUCGUCGCCGAGUCUACCACUAUAUCCGGGUCCACUCGCUCCCCACCCACCACUGUCAUCACCUCAGCCACGGUCACUCUGGCGCACCGUUCGCCGGUGUGCCUGUGCCCUCGGGUCACAACUUCUAAACACAGUGUCCCAGGCUGAUGAGGGAAAUAUGUGUAGUCGCAUUCCCUACUGCCUACCACCGAAUAUGUUAUGUCGUGCUGGUAUUACAAUCAGGGACAACAAAACACUCCGUGAAAACUACUUUCUCGUUGGGGAACCUUUCCCCCAACGUGGGGCUUGCAUUCCAGCUCACAAAGCCUGCGACGGAGUCAUCGACUGUCGGGACGGAAGCGAUGAAGUGGAUUGUCCACAGAUAUGCCCUGAAUACGAGUGCGACAAUGGUCUUUGCUUGCCCUUUUCAUCGCGUUGUAACGGCGUGAUUGAAUGCGACUCGGACGAGUCCUGCUGUGGCAAGGAUCAGUUUGAAUGUCGCCGUCCGCGUCACUCGCUGCUCAUCUAUCAUCUACAACUCGGUGGCCCAUCGAGUCGAUGUCUCCCUUCCGUCAUGGUCUGUAACGGUCGACCCGACUGCCCCGAUGGCUGGGACGAGGCUUCAUGUGAGGAUCAGGAGUCAGGGGCUAAUAAUAAUGCCAAAAAUUCUGAAUUAGCUAAUGGGAGCACAGUCGCGGUCGAAUUGGCCUUUGCAGAUGGCUCAAACAAGAGAGCCGGUGAAUUUCCAUAUGUAUACACGGUGUUCAUCGUCUCGGCAAUCAUUGUUGCCCUUGUCGUCUUCAGUCUCGUUGCCUAUCUGUGCUCAAAAAAGUGGUCCAAAUCUUCGUACACGGUGCGUACGGAUGUUCUUCUGAUUCCUUCCAGGAAAGGGGACAGGUCAAAGGGCAGUGGAGGGGAGGGGUUCAAUUGUGUGGAUGGUCAGAUGAACAAUCGUAGUGAAUAUCAAGAGCCUCUGGUUGCGAGUAAGGCAACAAUCAAAUCCUCUGCAACUGUGACUGAACAUGUUCCUGCAUCCAUUUCGCACCAUCGAAGAAGUGUUGCAGGCAGCCGAAAAAUCACUUCAAAAGUCACCGUCCUGCCUCCACCUCCAAACAGUGGUUCUUCUAGCUGGUAUUGCCCUUCCUGUUCCUCCCAGGAUGGUCAGUCGCCAUCAGCGAACGUUUACAGGAAUUUUUGCAAUCGUUGCCACAAACGCAGUCGUCAUUAUUCCAGGAAUCUGAAGCCAUCUCGUACACAUUCACCAUGCCACUGUGCAGCAAGAGUAAGUAAUGCAGAGACGCCAGACAACAGUUCCUCCACCGUGUAUUGGACGCGUGCGACUUCCAAGUGUCCGCCAGCUCCGCCACCCUCCUCUUUGCCGUCCCCUCCCCCCUCACCUACCACCAGCUGUCUUUUUGAGGUUCCUUCUACCUGUCCACCCCCAGCUCCCCCACCGUCCAAAUUGCAUGCUGACGACGAAGACGAGGGCGAGGAGGAAGAGGAGGAAUUAGGCGGAGGAAGCUCAUCAUCGGAAUUUAGCGAGUCUUCUAGUCUAACUACUUCGCCUCUGCGCUGUCACCACUAUCAUCGUCGGCAGCAACGUGGACGUCAUCUACGUCGACACCGUCGGCCACGGCGUCACGAGGCCUCUGUCUCCUCGACAGCCUCUACGGAGCACAGCCACCAUCAUUACCAGCACGCUAGUCGAAGACGCCGUGGCAGCAGUAGAAAGCAGGGUAGUAAGAAGGUGAGCUUUCGCUCAGAUCUGGAUGAUGCAAUGGACCUUGCGUGUAUGCAUUGUCCGCAGUGUGGAUUGAGGCAACAACAGCAACAGAGUUCCCACCAACAUGCAACACGACGGAAUGCCAUUGCCACUGCAGCUACUGCUCUCCAACAAAACACCUUGGCCGCCACCUACAGUCAGGUUGAAUCGUCUUCGGUUGCAGCCAACACCGUUGAAGGUAGCAGUUCAUCAUCAGGAGGUCCUAAAACAACUUCAAACCGUUCAUCCGAAUUCUAUCCUCGUGAGACAGUAAAUCCACCUCCUAGUCCAAUAACUGAAUCCAUUUAUGCCUCCCUUCCACUUGCCGUUUUAAAACAUCCCGGACCAACAUCUCGAGACGCUAGUCUCUCUAAUUCUUCUAAUUCCAAUGGAGUCGUUUGCAAUGUGGGCGUGAAUUCUUUCUCAUUUGAAGCUUUGGGAAACGAUAAGGAAUUGGACAAGCGAAUUAUUGCGACAGUUGGAAACUUGGGGAGGUCCAGCGUUCGCUCCUCGGCACCUCCCUUCUGUUGUCCGUCCGGUGAUAAUGCGCUCAAUCAUCCCAAACAGAUCCAGAUUUCGUCAUCAGCCUCUAGAUGUAUAACAUCAUCAACAUCUAACUUUUAUUCCCAUUGCCACCACCGCCACCAUGCUGGUGAAUUGAAUACAGCUAUGGCAGCUGCCUCUGCCGCGGCCAAAACAACUACAACCAUCCAAAAUGUGCACGUGGUGAUAUUUACAUCUAAAAGGGAACAGCUGCACCAGUGCUGUAAUUGUUGCUCAGAUUAUUCACUCUCCUCCGAUAGUGAAUGCGAACGAGAAACAUCCGCUAUCGUAGCGCCUCAUCAGAACAAUGGUAACCCCACUUCCGGUUGCGUAGUGAUACCGGAUGAGCCAAGAGAACAAGCCGAAGGAGCCGAAGCUGAGGGUCUUCAGUUGGGGAUACCCUCUCCACCUCGUUUCGCCUCAGUGACUGGUCAAGAGGCGCAUUACUUGGGCCUUGGGAAUCGAGCCAAGCAACGCGCCAUGUUGUUGGGAGCUAUAGAGUUUGUCGAUAUAGGAAAUCAAGUGUUGGCUGUCAUUUGA